UGAGUGACUUUAGUGUGAAGUUCACUUCUAAACACACGAUAUGCUAACAAUAGCCGCUCAUCAUAGUGCGAUGGAAAAGUACCUGCAUGUUCUCAAUGUACUCUCCGGAAAGUUUCGUGUACCGGCUACCAGCAGGAAUUCCUUUUCGUGAUAAGCUCUUCCGAAACAAGCAAGCAGGUAACAUUAAGAGACCGGCGCAAAACCACCUUCAAACAUCCACAGAAAGUGUCCGCCGAUUUCGACAGUAUGUAUCAACUCUUCCAAGGCCACUACCUGGAUUUACGCCUGGGAGCUGUGCCACACGAAUCACAGGAUCAGCAGGGGCUUGGAUAUGACGUUCAUUGCAUUUUGCAAUAUUACGUCCCUGCUAGCAAUUGCGAUCCCGCAGAGUCUAACCCGUCUCACAAUCAGAUAUGUGGGGCAUGGGUCGAAGCACUUCCGUCUCUUCUAAAUACUAGGGAAACCGACGCCUUCCUCUUCUCCGCAAUUAAAGCCUUAGCGACGUCUGUCCAGUGCAUCGUCCCGACAGACAAAGUGUACAAUAGGCAUGCAUUUGAGACGUAUUGCACGUCGCUGAGCCGAAUGAGUAAAGCUCUUGAGAAAGCUGACGGUGUUUUCCGGAUUCAACACUGUGUGGCGAUUAUGUGUUUGGCAGUGAGCGAUAUUAUGCUUCCGAAUACCAGUUCUGGCUGGAAGACACACCUGAAGGGAGUAGGAGACUGGGUGGAAAGUGUGGGACCGGAUGCCUUCAGCCAUGGUAUUUUGCGCACACUCUUUGUUGGUUUCAGACCGUUACUGACUCAAACAAUGAUGCAGCAGCUGCUCAGUCGAGCUGGUAACAUCCCAGGCUUACUACAAAGAUUUGACGCUAUAAGAUUACCUCCAGAAAGGGCUGACUUGGUCGUGAUCGAUCAACUCUGGCAAGACUUCAGGAUCACGAUGCAGAGCCUCCAAGAUUGGGAGUUGACUCAACGGUCACAAGCUCAGUCAGCGUUAUUCUGGACAAGGAGCGAUCAGAGGAUGUGCGCGCCAUCGGAUGCAAGGGAUCUCUGGUUCCCAAAUCUCUUGGUUGCGAACAGCCUAACGCAUUUCUGGGCUUUUAUGAUAAUCGUCAAAACACACCUUGAUGUGCUUGGGGCUGCACUUGUCGCUCAAAGAGGAGAAAAUACAGAGAAGGUCGAGCACCUUACGGAUAUGUCAGUCGCAGAUUUAGCAGAAAUGAUCUGUGACAGCAUGACGUACAGUCUGCAACCAGAGACGAAAUUAUACGGUCCGGGGUCGACCUUCUUCACCUUUACGACAGCCAUUGACGUCUUCAAAAGCAAACCAGACCAGUACCGAGCUCAGAUAUGGCGCUGUCAGCAAAUCGCCGUCCAGUUGGCCGCUCUUGGGAUACAACCACCAAGAGUGUAGGUAUAGCCAGGUACCAUGCUACAGAUAUCAUUGUGUUCUGUUGAGAUCCUGAGUAACUCGUUCUAACGUCAAGAACUACAGCGAGCCUGGUACAGUCAUUACGCUUCUUAGAGGUAAAUUGUAUGUCAGCAAACAAAUAGUGUUAUUACUUGAUGAUCUGUUCGGUGUGGUGUUUGAUUUGCAAUCACUCGUGGCAAUAGGACUUCCUGGCUCGACUGGCUAAAAGUGCUUGCGGCACUGGUCUUCUCCUGGUCGUUGUCUGGGUUGCCG